AGAGAGAGAGAGAAGGAAAGAGAGAGACAGAGAGAAAGACAAGAAAGAGAGAGAGACAGAGAGAAAGACAAGAAAGAGAGAGAGACACAGAGAAAGACAAGAAAGAGAGAGAGACAGAGAGAAAGACAAGAAAGAGAGAGAGAGAGAGAGAAGAGGCAAGAGAGGGGGGAUAGAGGGAGAGAGACAGAAAAAGAAAGAUUGUAUGUUUACAUUUUUAACACCCAGGAAAAAGAGAGAAAUCGAAAUUUUUUUGUCAGACGAACUCCUGCCUCCCCUAAAGUGGGCGGAGUCAGACGUCUUGUCUCAGUCUGUCCAGCUCUUUCCUCCUUCUCAGAGACUGCUGUAAAGUUUUAUAGCUACUCAUGCUCUUUUCUGGGAGUCGAGCUAAUCCAGUUCCUGAGGAAGAGAAGAAGAACAAAAGAGGAGGAGGUGAAGAGACAAUGUUCAGUGUGUUCGAGAACUACAGAGCUGGCUGAAGGUCCAGCAACUGGAAAAGUGACAGCAGACCAGAGCCUGCCUCUCUGUCUGUCUCUCUCUGUCUCUCUCUGUCUCUCUCUCUCUAUCUCUCUCUCUCUGAGUGUCGGAUUCAGGGAGCAGUAACUUGAUCUCCAGGCUUUGUUUUCAUUUUAAAUUCAUGUUCUGUCAGAGACAGAGGGAAGAAGAAGGAAGAGAAGGAAAAGACUGAAGUUCAGGAGAAGUUUGACUCUCUGAGGUCUGGUGUUGGUGACUGGACGAGUGACAGCAGUGACUCAAGAAGCUUCCGAAGAACGUCAGAAGUUCAGCUGAAGUUAAUUCCACCGACCGCUCGUGUCAGACGGCCAAAGAAUUUUCUGGAACCUUUACAUUUUGUUUGGAAAAGAAAUCAUGGUGUGAAGAUGUGCGAACCUCAGGAGAUGAUCUGACUUAAUGUCCUGCCCGAGAGAUUUGAGAACCUGGACCUGACUGGACAUCUGACCUUUUUCUUUACUUUGACACUUUAGACAGUUUUAUUUUUCUGGUAGUAGCCAAACCAAAAAAAAAUUCCUUCCAACAUUGCUUGAAAUUUCUUUUUCAUCAAAUUUCUUUGAUGCUCUGAUCUGAUUGGAUGUCUUGGAGAAUGUAGGAGUGGCAUCAGACUUCAGAUCUUCUCAGAUACUUUUUAGUUAAAGGGUGAGAUUAGAAUGUUACAGUAAAGAAGAACGCAGAGACUGAACCGAGAUUUUAUUCCACACUCUGACACAAAGAGUAUUUUAUUUUGCUUUGAAGAAAAAGAAGUAGAAGAAAAAAAAGGAGGAGCCUGAGGUUGUGUAGAUGUUUCACCUUGAACUUGUGGUUUGUUUUUACUGAGAAACUGAACCCACUGGACUUCAGAGCUUCUCUGAGACUGUGUUUGGGGUGCCAAUACUUUAAACUGGUAGAAGAAGUUUUUCAUCUUUCCAAAGCUGCUUCUAAAGCACACAAGAAGAAGAAGAUGUCUUGUCUUGUUGGAUGAGAAAAAGGACUGAUUGGACGUUUUUAUUUCACCUUUGAUUGACAGCAGAUUAUCUUCUUCUGACUCUGGAAGAUGUUUCGGUCAUUCUAGCAGGUUCUCUUCUGGUUUGUCGAGAUCCAGGUUCUCAGGUACAGGAGUACCAUCAGUCGUGUGAGUUUAGGAGACGUCUGGACGUCUGUUCGGGAAUAAAGUCAUAAAAACGUCAUGUUCGACUGCGUGGAGACAUUAGGCGUCGGCUCGAGGCCUCACUUUGACGUGUCCUCACAGAGCUCCUGCAUGUUGAGGAAGACGAGCUCCUUCUUCACCGCUCCAGAACAGUUCUGCUUCAGUACCACCGGCCUGCAGUCGGUGGAGACUCGGAGUACGAGUUCAGAGGAGAUGAUUCCGAGUUCUCCGUCUCCUCCUCCUCCUCCUCGUGUCUAUAAGCCAUGUUUUGUUUGCCAGGACAAAUCCUCAGGAUAUCAUUAUGGAGUCAGUUCCUGUGAGGGCUGCAAGGGGUUUUUCCGUCGCAGUAUUCAGAAGAACAUGGUCUACACCUGCCACAGAGACAAGAACUGCCAGAUCAACAAGGUGACGCGGAACCGCUGUCAGUUCUGCCGCUUACAGAAGUGCUUCGAGGUCGGAAUGUCCAAAGAAGCGGUGAGGAAUGACAGGAAUAAGAAAAAAAAGGACGUGAAGGAAGAAGUGGUUUUGCCAGAAAGCUAUGAGCUGAGUGGGGAGCUGGAGGAGUUGGUGAAUAAAGUCAGUAAAGCUCACAGAGAAACGUUCCCCUCCCUGUGUCAGCUGGGGAAAUACACUACAAACUCGAGUGCAGAUCACAGGGUCCAGCUGGAUUUGGGUUUGUGGGAUAAAUUCAGUGAACUUUCCACGAAGUGCAUCAUAAAAAUCGUGGAAUUCGCCAAACGUUUGCCGGGCUUCACUUCACUGACCAUCGCUGACCAGAUCACACUCCUCAAAUCCGCCUGCCUCGAUAUAUUGAUGUUGAGGAUUUGCACACGUUACACUCCUGAGCAGGACACCAUGACCUUCUCAGACGGUUUGACUCUGAACAGGACUCAGAUGCACAACGCAGGAUUCGGACCUCUGACUGACCUCGUCUUCUCCUUUGCAGAUCAGCUGCUUCCUCUGGAGAUGGACGACACCGAGACCGGACUCCUGAGCGCCAUCUGCCUGAUCUGUGGAGAUCGUAUGGAUUUAGAGGAGCCUCAGAGAGUGGACCGGCUGCAGGAACCUCUGCUGGAGGCGUUAAAGAUCUAUGCAAGGAGACGCCGCCCCAAUAAACCCCACAUGUUCCCUCGAAUGCUGAUGAAGGUCACAGACCUGCGGGGAAUCAGCACUAAAGGUGCAGAACGAGCGAUCACACUAAAGAUGGAGAUUCCUGGCCCGAUGCCUCCCCUCAUCCGUGAGAUGUUGGAGAACCCGGAGGUUUACGAGGAGACUCUUCCUCCUCCUGCCAUCCAGGCCAUUAAACGCGAGAGGGAUGAAGACUCUGCCCCUGAGGAAGAGGAGGAUGAGGAGGAGGAGUGUGCAGAGGAGGAGAGAGAGAGAGGAGGAGACAGUGAGGAUGAUGAAGAGUGGAGCAUCCUGCAGGUGGACGCGGGGGAGAAGAAGAAGAACACGACGGGUCGAGCGCAGUGAUUAACGUCUGGAUUUCAUCACACACACACGCACACACACACGCACACACACACACACACACACACACA